ACGACGAAAAGUCACUCCAGUCUGAAACAUUGAUUGUCUGAUCACUCAUCUGUGAAAUUGGGAUGUUCUUCGCUUGGAAAGAAGUUUAGGAGGUGAAUUACAGGGACUUUUAGUUCCUUUGCAGAGGAUUUGAUAGGAAAAUGGCUUACCAAAGAAGGGGGUCUGAUCAGCAGCCGCAGAGGCGGAUUCUGCGGACUCAGACCGCUGGUAAUCUAGGGGAGUCUAUGAUGGAUAGUGAGGUAGUACCAUCAUCUCUGGUUGAAAUUGCACCAAUUCUUCGUGUUGCCAACGAAGUCGAGGGCAGCAACCCCGGGUUGCUUACCUAUGUAAGUCCCAAUUUCAUGUUUUACUUAACAAGCCCAUACAACAUGGGCGUGCCCACUUUAAUUACUGUAAUCUUCCAAGCCCCUUGA